UUCCAAACCCUUUUUAUAGGCGAGCCCAUUGCACCGGUAAAAAACUUCACAGACUUCUUUCAUCCCCCAAAAACUCUUUCUCUCUCUUUCUCUCUUUGACUCUCUCUCUCUCUCUCUCUUAAAAUCUCUUCUUCUCUGCUACUCUCUCCAUAGGUUUUUUGCUUUGUCUCUAAAAAAAACAAACCUUUCUUUCUUGCUUUUAUGGACAAAGGAUGGGGUCUUACCCUUGAUUCUGACUCGCUCGGUUUCUUCCUUAACAACAACAACAACAGCAACAACAAAAGGCCCCCACAGCCACACCCACAACACAAUCACCACAACAAGAGAUCGAUCAGCCUCGAUAAUACUAUGUUUCCGGUGAAUCUUGGCCGUAGAGAUUACCAUCAUCAACAUCAUCAUGAGCCUGCUGCUGCUGCUGCUUCAUCACCACCGUCUGAUCAUGUUGAGACCCGUAGGGCUGUUGUUGAUGAGGUUGACUUCUUUGCCAAAAAGCCUCGUUUAGCUAGUGAAGAUGCUGAUCACCAUGAUCGUGAUGAUGAUGCUUCCAAAGCUAAUAGAGUUAGUGUCAAGAAGGAGAAUUCUCUUGGUGAAGCUCCUUCAAGGCCUGAUUUGGAUGUCAACACUGGGUUACACCUUCUUACUGCUAAUACCGGAAGUGAUCAAUCAACGGUGGAUGAUGGGGUUUCAUCAGACUCAGAUGAUAAGCGAGCCAAGAUUGAGCUGGCACAAUUACAAAUGGAGCUCCAACGUAUGAAUAUAGAAAAUCAAAGGUUGAAAGACAUGCUUGGUCAAGUGAGCAACAAUUACAGCGUCUUACAUAAUCAUCUUGUAGCAUUAAUGCAACAGCAACAGACUCAUGGAACCGAUAGUGCACAAGAGAAUGAGGUUGUUGAAGGUAAAUCUGAAGAGAGAAAAGUUGAGGUUGGAGGGUCCAAAGUGGUACCAAUACAGUUUAUGAAUCCUGGUCCUGGUGCCACAGCUGAGACAGACGAGAUAUCUAACUCUUCCUCAGAAGAUAGGACCAUUUCUGGAUCGCCAAGGAACAAUUCUAAUGUUGUGAAGAACAGUGACGUUGUUCCAUAUGAUUCGGAUAGAGAUGGUAAAAAAGUUGGUAGGGAAGAGAGCCCAGAAUCUGAAUCACAAGGUUGGGUUCCUAAUAAGGCUCCAAAAUUGACUCCAAACAAGCCUAUUGAUCAAUCCACCGAAGCCACAAUGAGAAAGGCUCGUGUCUCAGUUCGUGCGCGGUCAGAAGCACCCAUGAUUACUGAUGGUUGCCAAUGGCGAAAAUAUGGACAAAAAAUGGCCAAAGGAAACCCAUGUCCCCGGGCUUAUUAUCGAUGCACUAUGGCAGUUGGUUGUCUUGUUCGCAAACAAGUUCAACGUUGUGCCGAAGAUCGAUCAAUUCUAAUCACAACCUAUGAAGGAAACCACAAUCAUCCACUUCCACCAGCUGCAAUGGCCAUGGCAUCAACAACAACAGCAGCUGCAUCUAUGUUACUCUCGGGGUCCAUGUCAAGUGCAGAUGGGAUAAUGAACCCAAACUUGCUAGCAAGAGCUAUUCUCCCUUGUUCAUCAAGCAUGGCAACAAUUUCAGCGUCGGCACCAUUUCCAACUGUGACACUAGAUCUCACACAUAACCCAAACCCAUUACAAUUCCAAAGACCCCCAACCCAAUUCCCCAUCCAUUUCCCAGGUCAAGGCCAGAAUGGUUUUGGGUCAGUUCAAACCGCACAAUUGCCACAAGUCUUUGGUCAAGCACUUUACAACCAGUCCAAAUUCUCGGGCCUCCAGCUUUCCCAAGAAAUGGGACAUUCCCAAUUGGGCCACCAAGCACCCCAACUACCCUUGCAUCAAACCCAGCAGCAGCAGCAGCCCUCAUUGGCUGACACAGUCAGUGCUGCCACAGCAGCCAUCACAGCUGACCCAAACUUCACGGCAGCUCUUGCAGCUGCCAUCUCAUCCAUCAUUGGUGGCGGAGCUCAUCCAAAUAAUAACACCUCCUCCACCACUACAAAUAACAAUAUCAGUGCCAGCAUGACCACAAGCAACUCCAACAAUAGCAACAAAAUGGGCAAUUUUCCAGGGAAUUAGAAGUUGGGCCUGAUAAUUUUCUCUUGUCCUUAAUUUUUUUUUUUCCAAUCUUGUUCUUUUAUUGGGGGGAUUUACCUUUUUUUUGGUGGGAUGAGAAUGUGAUUAGAUGUUCAUAAUUUUUGUCCUUGUUGUGGGAGGGUUUAUAACACAAAAGUUCAUUUUUUCUUAUUGUUUCAUUUUGAAUAAUUUGAUUCAAAUUUCUCAGUAAA